AUGCCGGAUGAUGAAUUUGCCUUACUUAAUAGUGAAGUAGCAGUCAUGCAUAUGUUUAGGGAUGAACCAUACAUUCAUGUCUAUGUUGGAGAGGUAAAUGAUAAUAGGGAUGUAGAAAAUAAUAAUGGGAAUCAGCAAGAUGGGGGUCUUUUGCAGGAGGUUGUUGAUUUCUGCAGAAGGUAUCUGACUGCAAAUCAUGAUGCAUUUCAUAACAACAAGCUUCAUUUAGUCAUCAAUGAUGCCAAAGCUGAAUUGGAGGAGAGGAAGGAAAAGUUUGAUAUCAUAGUGGGGGAUUUGGCUGAUCCAGUUGAAGGUGGCCCCUGCUAUCAACUCUAUACCAAAUCUUUCUAUGAAAACAUCCUCAAGCCUAAGCUCAGUGACAAUGGCAUCUUUGUUACUCAGGCUGGUCCAGCUGGUGUGUUCACUCACAAGGAGGUCUUCUCAUCAAUUUACAACACCAUCAAACAAGUGUUCAAGUAUGUUCUUGCCUACACAGCUCAUGUACCAUCUUUUGCUGAUACUUGGGGAUGGGUCAUUGCCUCAGACCAACCAUUUUGUCUUGAUGCUGGGAAGAUAGACAAGAAGAUGGCAGAAAGAAUUGACGGAGAAUUGCUCUACUUGAGUGGCGCCUCCUUUUUCUCCUCCACCAUCUUGAACAAAACUGUUGCCAAAACAUUGAAGAAUGAGACUCAUGUGUAUACUGAAGAAGAUGCAAGGUUCAUUCAUGGUCAUGGGGUAGCAUACCGAAAUUGAUGCAGCAGGCCUUUUGGUGGGGGGAAAACUUCUGUACAGUCAAAAGGCAGGAUCAAGAAGAUGGAAUAGUAGUUGAAGGUUCUCCAGUGAACAAAGGAGGGAAAGAGGAAAAAAAAAAAAAAGAAGAGAAAUCUUAAACAAUUGUUAGAAGCUCUUGGUAUUAGAUAGUAUAUAUGCUUAGGCUACUUGUGGUUGUUCUAGGGCUCUGAUCUACAUUUGUUUCUUUAAUAUUAUCUCAUGUAAUGCUGAAAUAUCAAGGGGCAUUUCUCCAUUAAGCUUUUCAGUUUCUUGCUUCCUUAGAUCACAGGCCUAUUUUCCAAGCAAAAAUCUGUGCGACCCUUUUGUCCCAGGAAGAUUUAUAUUAGAAGGCCAAUCUAUGUAAAAGGAAAUGCAUUGCUUUUUGUCA